AUGAGUUCCAGACCUUACAAACUAGGCCCUGACGCCGACAUGUAUGAUGAUCAAGAAUAUUCGAGCGAAUACCGACAACAUGGAGCGCCUGGAUAUGAUUCCUAUCAAUCGCGGAAGGAUAACUCAAGGAGUCCUCUACGAGGACCUGCUUCUGGCAGACAAUACGACUCGGAAUAUACAGAACGGGCAUAUCGAGACGAGCGCAAUCAAUAUGUCAACAGAUAUGAGCGUGGUCAUGAUAGAGACAGAUCAAGAUCUCCGCGCAGAGAGAAUAGAGGCCGCUAUACGGAUCGCGAUCGCGAGGGAUACAGAUCUCCAGUCCGUGGAAGAAGCCGCAGCCCUUCGCCUUACCAUGGCGCACCACCAAAUCGAACAAUAAUCUUUGAGGGACUGCCUCUAGAUUUAACACAGGAAGACAUAUCAAAAGAACUUCAAACAAACUUCAAAGUUGAGGGUGUGGAGGAGAUCAGAUUGAUCAAGGAUAAGAAAACUGGUAUAUCAAGAGGAUUUGCCUUUGCGCAAUUUUAUACCCUACCAGAAGCAAAACGAUUCCUCGAAGAACAUUAUCCAACUGUUUCUUUUCAUGGUCCUUCACAGGCACCGGAAACGAGCAAAGUUAGAAUCGCUUACAGCCGCGAGAAAACCGAUCAAGAUCGAGCAAGCAAGCAUGAGGAUGAUUGGAAAUGCGAUGUUUGCUACACUUUGAAUUAUUCAUACAGGAUGAUGUGCUUCAAGUGCAAUGGGCCAAGAACUAGAUCAACCACUCAUGGCGUUGUUGUGACACAAGGAAAUAUAUCUAGUUACUCAGGCUUCGCCACGACUGGAGACAGUGAUGCAUCUCCCGACGAAACCGCUUCUCAAUUUCUCCUACUUAGAGGCCUGGAACCUGGCGUGACGGAGGAGAUUCUUGCUAAAGGAGUGUGCAAACUUUACAAGACCAAAGCAACUACAUCAGGAGAUACACACACGGCCAAGAAGACGAAGAUUUCCUCUACUUCUGGUGAUGCUUCGCUUGGCGCAAAAGAAGGCUCUCUCCGUCGUGUGCUACUGGUUCGAGAUCGUAAGACAAACGACAGUUGGCGAUACGGGUUUGCCGAAUUUGGUUCGGUUGAGGAUGCACAAAAUGCUUUAGCCAAGUACAAUUCUACAGAUAAAUUUACGAUAUCUUCGAAACCUGUCAUUGUCUCGUACAUCCACGCAGGUGUAUUUGUGCCUGUCCUCGACUUGUUGAACGAGGAAACAGCGAGGUUCACAUUUAGCCCACUGUCAAACUCUGCGAUCAAUUUGAUGUACUGGGAUGCUACAGCUUAUGCCAGCGAGUUUUCCACUGUAAUUCCAGAAGCUCCUGUCAAUCAUGCGAACAAUCAGCGAACCAAGGUAGCUGUAGCGGCAGCAAAUGAAGGACUUGUUGGUGGCAAGGAUGGAGAACCUCGAACCAAGAAGAGAAAAGUCGAGAAGGAUUCUACUGCUGGUACUAAGACAGUUGUAGCGCCACAUCUCCAAUUCUGGACCAACAGACAUAAUGAGAUUCAUGGUCUACCUGCGAAAGAGUUUGAGGACAAUGAUUCUGACUCGACCGGUGGAAUUGCAAAAUCAACACCAGAACCCAUUGCAGAUUCUCCGCCUACUCAGUCAUAUGCAGAUCUGGACCGCAAAUGCUGUCUCUUAUGCUCCCGCCAAUUUAAGACAGAAGCAGAAGUCAACAAACACGAAAGAGUCAGUCAGCUUCACCGUGAUAACACGAAGAAUGAAGAGCUAGUCUCGAAAGCUUUAGCUAAGCUCAAGAAAUCCGAAAGCUCUGCUUAUAGAGAUCGAGCCAAAGAACGCCGACAGGCUUUCAAUCAACCAAAGCAAACUGCUGCGCAACACAAUAAAUCAAAAACUUCGUCUUCCACGACCAGCUCUCCUUCGCACAAAGGGGAACAAAGCGAGCCUGUGGCACCAGUUCAAUCAAAAGGUGCAGCGCUACUGGGUAAAAUGGGUUGGAACGCGGGAGAAGGCUUGGGCGCUCAGGGCACAGGAAGAACCGAGGCUAUUGCGACAGAGUUAUACACUCAAGGGGUGGGCCUAGGAGCUGAGGGUGGUAAGCUCGGUGAUGCGAUGAAGGAAGCGGAGAGACAGACAAAGGGUGAUUAUAAGGCGUUUGUAGGCAGGACUAAAGAAAAGGCUAAGGAAAGAUAUGAAACUUUGGGUUGA